GGCGGCGCGCAUCAUGUGGCGGGUGGAGAGAGAGGGCACCGGGCUCACGGAGGGCUGCCUGGUCUCUGUGGACGACUUGCAGAACCACGUGGAGCACUUUGGGGAGGAGGAGCGGAAGGAGCUGCGGGUGGACGUGGACACGUUCUUGCAGUACUGGCCUCCCCAGAGCCAGCAGUUCAGCAUGCAGUAUAUCUCGCACAUCUUUGGAGUGAUUAACUGCAACGGUUUCACUCUCAGUGAUCAGAGAGGCCUGCAGGCAGUGGGCGUGGGCAUCUUCCCCAACCUAGGCCUGGUGAACCAUGACUGUUGGCCCAACUGCACAGUCAUAUUUAACAAUGGCAAUCAUGAGGCAGUGAAAUCCAUGUUUCACACCCAGAUGAGAAUUGAGCUCCGGGCCCUGGGCAAGAUCUCAGAAGGUGAGGAGCUGACCGUGUCCUAUAUCGACUUCCUCAACGUCAGUGAGGACCGCAAGAAGCAGCUGAAGAAACAGUACUACUUUGACUGCACGUGCGAGCACUGCCAAAAAGGGCUGAAGGAUGACCUCUUCCUCGGGGUGAAAGACGACCCCAAGCCCUCCAAGGAAGUGGUGAAGGAGAUGAUACAAUUCUCCAAGGAUACACUGGAAAAAAUAGACAAGGCUCGCUCUGAGGGUCUGUAUCAUGAGGUUGUGAAAUUAUGCCGGGAGUGCCUGCAGAAGCAGGAGCCAGUGUUUGCCGACACCAACCUCUACAUGCUGCGGAUGCUGAGCAUUGUUUCAGAGGUCCUCUCCUACCUUCAGGCCUUUGAGGAGGCCUCGUACUAUGCCAGGAGGAUGGUGGAUGGCUAUAUGAAGCUCUACCACCCCAACAAUGCCCAACUGGGCAUGGCUGUGAUGCGGGCAGGACUGACCAACUGGCACGCGGGUAACAUUGAGGUGGGGCAUGGGAUGAUCUGCAAAGCCUACGCCAUACUCCUGGUGACACAUGGGGCCUCCCACCCCAUCACCAAGGACUUAGAGGCCAUGCGGGUGCAGACAGAGAUGGAGCUGCGCAUGUUCCGCCAGAACGAGUUCAUGUACCACAAGAUGCGUGAGGCGGCCCUGAACAACCAGCCCAUGAAGGUCAUGGCUGAGCCCAGCAGUGAGCCAGCCCCGGCUCUGUUCCAUAAGAAGCAAUGAGGACCUGCCUGGUGGGGUAGGGGCAGCGUGGCUGGGGAACUGGGGAGAGAUUCCAGAGGCGGUGGGUCGUCCAAUCAUUCCUUGAUGAGGAAGUCGGAGUAAUGCUCAACCUUGUCGCUGUGGGAA